AUGGUAAAGGAGUCCACAGAAGGCGUCUCCAAAGACGCACCUGGGACACAUUCAAGUGACUCAACUCAAGCAAAAUCUAACUGGAAGAAGGUCACUACUCUCCUGGUCUCAGCCUCUCGUUUUAUGGGAGGUGUGAAGAAAGAUGUCAAAUUUGGCCCAUUGCAGCAAAAGACCACUUAUUCAUCUCCUCAGGCGACUGGGGGUGUGCACUGCUCCUCAGGUCAAAGCGACGUACCCGACACUGCAGGGAUGCAAGCGUACUAUCCACCUACACAUUCGAAACACGACCUGGAGAAUAUCUGGACGCCAUCCUACUACGGAGAUGAAGAGGAUUUCGCGAAGGAGCAGAAGGACGUCAGUGCAAAUUGGGCCCUCUUCUCCACGAAGGACGGACGUCUCCUGCUGAAGAGGGGUCCACAUGGCAAAUCCUACUUCGUAAACGGUCAAUAUGAAGUCGAGAUGAAUGACCAUGUUGUCACAGGAGAGUUGCUCUCUGAAUUUAUUGAGAACGUGCGAAGGGCGGAGUGCGAUGCAGAUGAGGCGAAUCAGCGCAAAUGCGCAUCACUCAUUUACUACAAGGACUUGAAGCGUUUUGCAGGCUCCAAAGAAAUUGAACCAUUGGUGAAGAAGGAAGGUGCUAAAACCAUAGGAAUGGGUGAAUUCGGUGAGGUUACGCUGAGAACCUAUCCGGAAGAGGGGAGUCGUCAUUGUGACGCCAAUGACGAGACACCGUCGAGGCAGGUGGCGGUGAAGCGAAUCAAGCAGACAUCCAGAAACGCACUCGUGGGUGCCAUGGAAGUGGCAGUGAUGUGCGCCAUCCUCGAGGACUCAAACAUCAGCGUGCAGCAUCUACUGCCUCUCAUUGGGUGGUACUUGGAUGACGAGGACCUCUACGUGGUGACUGAGUUCAUGCCUGGUGGCAGCUUGUUGGAUUACCUCCAGUCGCUGAACUUGAAAGGGGAGGAGGAGGUGGGUGAGGAGGAGGUCCAUAAACAGCGUCUCGAAUUGCAUCGGUUUGUGGCUGAAAUUGCCAGUGGCAUGUGUGCUCUCGAGGCCAAACAAAUUCAGCAUCGCGAUCUAGCAGCCCGUAAUAUUCUCCUCACUCAACAUCGCCAAAUCAAGAUUGGUGAUUUCGGACUGAGUCGGCCUGAUGGCUCUAAGUUCACCUGUGGUCGAAUAUCAACAAGGUGGACAGCACCGGAGGUGUUGCAGAACGAGGCCGACUUCACGCUACGCUCGGAUGUAUGGUCCUUCGGUGUGGUGAUGUGGGAGAUCUACAGUCUUGGCAGUCUACCAUACAGUGAGGUGCCGAGUCGGGAGCUGUUGAAUCACCUCCACAGCGGUCGGCGAUUGGACCCACCAUAUGCCACACCGUCCAGAAUAGCCAAACUUAUGAAUAUGUGUUGGCAGAUGUCUGCUCCUUCCCGUCCCUCAUUCGUCGAAAUUGACCUUUUUCUGCAUGGACUCCUAAUGCGUCAAGGUUCUGAUGCCCCUUUUACGGUGCCACCUCCUCUUCCUGCAAAAAUAUUCUCACCGCCUGCCAGUUCUCCACCGCCUUCUUCUUAUAUCGAGCUCUAA